UAUGGACACGGAGGAAUGAAAUAUGGUGGAGGAGGCGAACAUGGAGGACCGAGGACCGUGAGAGCGCCGCCGCGCCGCUGCUGCCUCCGCCGCCGCCGCUCUGAGUGACUUCACCGCGGGAGAAGCAGUGGAUGUAAACUCCGCGGAGACUUUUCUGGAAAGUUUUGUAGCUGCGGCCAUUUUCUUUGCGCGGACGAGGAACUGAGUUUGUUGUAAUGCAGUGAAGACGGCGAAGAGGUUUUUUUUCGGGGGGACAAAAAGCAGGGGCAGGGGCGGCGGAGGGGGGGCUUCUGCCCGCUUCUGCCCUCUCACCAUCCCGACGCUAUGCCGUGGGUGAGCGGCGGGAAGCGGAGAGAGAGCUCGGAGCUGCCGCUGCCCGCAGGCUGGGAGGAAGCCCGGGACUACGACGGCAGAGUGUUUUUUAUCGACCACAACACCCGGCAAACUUCGUGGAUAGACCCCAGAGAUCGAAUCACUAAACCACUGUCGUUUGCUGACUGCGUUGGAGACGAACUGCCGCUCGGGUGGGAGGAAGUUUACGACCAGCAAGUGGGCGUUUACUACAUCGACCACAUCAACAAGACCACCCAGAUUGAGAACCCACGGACUCAAUGGCGGCAGGAGCAGGAGCGUAUGUUGAAGGAGUACCUGGUCGUGGCCCAGGAGGCCCUGAGAGCCAAGAAGGAGAUGUACCUGGUGAAGCAGCAGCGUCUGGAGCUGGCUCAGCAGGAAAUGCUGCUCUUCCACGAGCUGUCCGAGGACAACCGCUCCAUCACCAGCACUCUCUCCGGCUCGUCCUCGAGUGCUAAAUACGACCCUGACCAAAUCAAAGUGGAGAUCGCCUGCAGACGAGAGCGGCUCUCCAGACUCAAGCAGGAACUGGCCCAGGUGAAGCAGGAGCUGCAGUAUAAGGAGAUGGGAGUGGAGACGCUGCAGGAGUGA